UCUUUAGGGUGGGCCAUGCAUUCAUUACAGGAAGGGCUCCAGUACAACGCUCGACAACCGCCGAGAGAGGUCACAGUGCAGACUUCAAGAAAGCUGAAAGACUCGAUUCUUAGUGACCGUGAAGCAAACAGACAAGACUUUUCACGAAGAAAACAACAACAACAUACCCUGACCAUGCAAGUUCACUCCACAUCACCCAUGGUGGUGGUGGCCAACAGGCUGCCUUUCUGCCUGGGCACUGACCCUGACACUGGGAAGCUGAUCAGAAAACAAUGUGCCGGCGGACUGGUGACAGCCGUGGCUCCUGUGGUGGUGGAGACACAAGGCCUGUGGGUGGGGUGGUCAGGACUCCACACCGAGGAUGAAAAUGUGGAGAUUCCAGAAGCUGACCCCAACGAUCAGUCCCCGACCGCGGGCCUUAAAAGCAGCCAGGUGCUGCCCGUCACAGUGCCCAAGAAGGUGUUCAAUGACUACUACAAUGGCUGCUGCAACGCCACCUUCUGGCCGCUCUUCCACUCCAUGCCUGACAGAGCGAUAUUCCAGGCAGACAAAUGGGAGGCGUAUCGUGAGGUGAACCGAGAGUUCGCCAGACUGACCGUGGAGGCAGUGAAGCGCCUGCGUGAGAGUCACCCAGACUCCGUGCCGCUGGUGUGGCUGCACGACUACCACAUGAUGCUGGCGGCAAACACCAUCAGGGAGAGGUGCGACGAACUCAACAUGCCAAUCAAAAUGGCUUUCUUCCUCCACAUUCCUUUCCCUUCCUGGGACAUCAUGCGUCUCUUCCCAUGGGACGACGAGCUUCUCCAGGGAGUGCUUGGUUGUGAUUCAAUUGGCUUCCACAUCGAUGACUACUGCCUCAACUUUAUAGACUGCUGCCAACGCCGCCUUGGUUGUCGCGUUGACAGACAACAGAUGUUGGUGGAGCACAAUUCCAGGACAAUUUCCAUCAACCCACUGCCCAUCAGCAUUCCUUAUGAACGUUUUGUGCAGCUGGCAGAAAAGGCUCCGAAUAUGGUCAAGAAUAAUCCCCAGGAACAAUUACUGCUUGGCGUGGAUCGAUUAGAUUAUACAAAGGGCCUUGUUCAUCGCAUACGUGCCUUUGAAACACUUCUGGAGAAGCACCCUGAGCAAGAGAAAGUCACUUUCCUACAGGUGGCUGUACCUUCCCGCACUGACGUCAAGGAGUACCAAGAACUGAAAGAAGAGCUCGACCAGCUCAUUGGCAAAAUCAAUGGACAAUUUUCCACACCCAAUUGGUCUCCAAUACGUUACAUCUACGGUUGUGUCUCCCAGGAUCAGCUGGCUGCAUUCUACCGAGACUCCUCCGUAGCUGUAGUAACGCCCCUAAGAGACGGCAUGAACCUGGUGGCAAAAGAGUUUGUGGCGUGCCAGACUGGAGAGCCAGGUGUUCUUAUUCUGUCACCUUUUGCCGGCGCUGGAAUCUCUAUGCAUGAAGCCCUCCAUGUCAACCCCUAUGAGACCAACGAGUUCUCUGACACCAUAUACCGAGCACUCACCAUGCCCAAAGAUGAACGAGAGAUGAGAAUGAAACAGCUGCGUCGCAGGGAGCGAGACCAUGAUGUCAACUUCUGGUUGAGGAACUUCUUGAAGACAGUGGACUGCCUGAGUGAUGUAGACAAGUCUGAGGUCUCUGGACGGUUUCCGAUGGGGGAGGAAGAUUUCAGUGAAUUUUUGGGAUCAUAUGUGACAGAAUCAACACGUCUGGCUUUGCUGCUUGACUAUGAUGGAACCCUUGCCCCCAUCGCUCCUCACCCAGACCUGGCACAGAUGCCAACUGAGACUCGGCGGGUGCUGGAGCGUCUGGCGCACAUGCCGGAUGUGAACAUAGCGAUUAUUUCUGGCCGCUCUCUGACCAAUGUCAGGUCAAUGGUGGGUAUUGACGGCAUUACUUAUGCUGGGAAUCAUGGAUUCGAUAUUAUUCAUCCUGAUGGCACCAUGUUUAUGCAUCCUGUGCCCCACGAAUACGAAACUCAACUAGAAGCACUGAAGGAGCGCCUAAAAGAAGUGUGUGUGGACGGUGCCUGGAUAGAAAACAAGGGCUCCUGCAUCACCUUCCACUACCGAGAGGUUCCAGGGAACAAGGUGGCAGCCAUUACUUCAAGGGCGCAAGAACUCUUCAAUGAAACGGGAAUCAAACUCCACCAAUCACACAGAGCAUUUGAGGCACGCCCUCCAGUCACAUGGAACAAAGGCCGUGCAGCGAUCUAUAUUUUGAGAACUCUCUUUGGGUUGGACUGGUGUGAUCGUGUGUCCACAAUCUUUGCUGGGGAUGACAAGACUGAUGAAGAUGCCAUGCGGGCGUUACAAGGCAUGGCUGUGACCUUCAGGAUCACUAGAUCACAAAACUUACGUUCAGCAGCUACCCAUCGCCUGCCUUCUACUGACGCCGUGCUCGCAAUGCUGAAGUGGAUUGAGCGAAGAUUAGGGUCCCGCCUGCCUGCCAUCCCCAACGGCAUCAGGUCCCGCACAGCGAGUAUGUCCAGCAACACUGGAUCCAGAUCUCCCAGCAACAAAUCUCCUCCCCAUUCUCCCAAGAGUCUAUCUCGCUCCAGUUCCCUCCAGAGUCCAGAGCCAAACAAGCAGGUGAUGAUGAUCAAUGAGCUGGAAUAUCAACAGUACCUGGCCAAGCAUAAACCCGGUCGUCCCUCCAGCACCUCACCACCACGCUCCCCCUCCCGCUCCGGUUUGAGCUGGAGGCUGGAGUUCACAAUGUUGGCUCUCGCGGUGCCUGACCGCACUCGCACGUAUGUGCCGGGCUUCUGGAAACACUUCCAGAUCCCUUCCCGUAUCGUCUUUUCGGGACUUUGUACAAAUUCUUCCAGAAAGGGAUCACUUUUAUAUAACUUCCUGUUGCGUGUAGUCAGUGCCAACCUCGCCAUCCCUGUAUAAAAGUGUGACGUGUAAAAUGUUACCAAGUGUAAGAAAUCCAUGUAUUAUUUGUCAUGCAUGAACCCGUGCAGAAGGCACAGUGACCGGGGAACUACCUCGCAGUCUGGCUCUGGACCAGACCCGGAGCAUCCCCGAGGUGGCGCCGUGACGCACUCCUAUGUGUUCUUUGCUACGCUUUUUGUUAUUGAUGAAUAUAUUUUGAUUAUUAUUAAAAUGCUGCUGAUUGUU